AUGUUCUCCUCGGCCGUGAGAGGAAUCAUGGCCCAGCCUUCCAAUUGGAUUCCUGUCCGUGUUCCGCCUGCCAUUCCAAGGCAGAGAUGCAUCUCAAACCAGGCUGACCUACCAACCUACUUAAUGCCGUAUCAAUACGAGGCUGCCAGGCCGUAG